CAUGGCUCGCUUGGCAUUAAUUCGGAUUAGUUUCAGCUUUUAAACUCUAAAGCGGCCAUGGCCGAAGAGAAACAAACUAAAAUCACUAUGAUUGAUAAUGUAGUCGGAGAGGGCUCCUUUCAUCGUGAACUCACCUCUGAGAAUGCCACAGAUCUCAUCCGAUCCGUUGACGCCUUCCUCUUCGAUUGCGACGGAGUCAUUUGGAAGGGCGAUAAGCUCAUCGAUGGUGUUCCCGAAGCGCUGGAAGCCCUCCGAUCCAUGAAGAAGAGGCUUGUUUUUGUGACCAAUAAUUCUACCAAAUCAAGGCGGCAGUAUGCGCGGAAAUUCGCCUCCGUCGGUCUCGAUGUCAGCGAGGAAGAAAUAUUCUCGUCUUCCUUUGCGGCAGCUAUGUUCCUGAAGUUGAAUGAUUUUCCUCGGGAUAAGAAGGUAUAUGUAAUCGGUGAAGAAGGGAUAUUGGAGGAACUCGAGCUUGCUGGUUAUACAGGCUUAGGUGGACCGGAUGAUGGAAAGAAAACCAUACAACUUAGAUCGAACUUCCUUUUUGAGCAUGAUAAAAAUGUUGGAGCGGUCAUAGUUGGACUUGAUCAGUACAUAAACUAUUACAAACUCCAGUAUGCAACUCUUUGUAUUCGUGAGAAUCCCGGUUGCCUUUUCAUUGCUACCAAUCGUGAUGCUGUUGGUCAUCUCACAGAACUCCAGGAAUGGCCAGGUGCUGGAUGUAUGGUCGCUGCUGUAUGUGGAUCAGUGCAAAAGGAACCUGUUGUUGUUGGGAAGCCAUCGACUUUUCUGAUGGACUUUUUAUUGGAGAGAUACCAGAUUACUACUUCUAAGAUGUGCAUGGUUGGGGAUAGGCUGGACACGGACAUACUAUUUGGAAAAAAUGCCGGAUGCAAGACUUUGCUAGUCCUUUCAGGCGUGACAGCCUUGUCGGAUCUCAAGGAUUCAUCUAACAGCAUACAUCCUGAUUAUUAUACAAGUAAUGUAUCUGAUAUUGUUUUGUUAUCAAGAAAAGAAUAAUGUUGUAGUAAUAAUUCUAUUGUAAAUCUUGAACUUAAUGAUGUAUGAUAUCAUCGUCGUCAUCAUCAUGAUGACUCAACUUAUUCAACUAUUUGGACAUCGGCUUAGUUGCAGCCAAUUUUAUUGAAA